AUGAAUCCUUCCAACCCACCUCAAGCCGCCGAGUAUGGUGGAGACGAGGUCUCCGCAAUCGUCCUAGACCCUGGUUAUUCAACCACUCGCGCGGGCUUCGCUGGUGAAGAUGCUCCCAAGUCACUGAUCCCGACCUACUAUGGAAAAUACAACGCCGAUGGACAGGAAAAGAUCGUCUAUGGCGACGACGUUUUCGUUACCCCGCGACCGGGUCUCUCUGUUCACAACCCGCUCAACAAAGAUGGUAUCGUCGAGGAUUGGGAUAUGGCAGAGAGGGUAUGGGAGCACUCCUUCAUGUCUCGGCUCACCGGCACGAAAGCGGGAAACCCAUUCCAAAACGGAUUGAACGACAUCGCGAAUGACGAGCUCCCCGCGGAGAUGGAGGUUGAGUCAGACGAAAAGCCUCUAUCUGAUAGCCCACUGUUGAUGACGGAGCCGGGAUGGAACCCAGCAAAGGCGCGUGAGAAGACAAUUGAAAUUGCGAUGGAGAAGUGGGAUACUCCAGCCUUUUACCUGGCACGCACUGGCGUUCUUGCCUCAUUUGCUUCGGGCAAGGCUUCUGCCCUUGUCAUUGAUAUCGGCGCCUCAAACAUCUCCAUCACUCCGAUUCACGAUGGUAUGAUCUUGAAGCGGGGUGUGCAACACUCUCCGCUUGGCGGUGAUUACAUUUCGUCGCAGAUCAGCGCAUUGUUCAAAGCCAACUCCCCCCAGCCUAUCACAAUCACGCCUCAUUAUCUCAUCAGCUCGAAGACCGCUGUUGAAGCCGGCCAAGCACCCCAAGCGAAAUAUAAGACCUUCCCUGCUGACAAGGCACCUGAUGCGUCAUACCGUGCCCUCUUGGAGGAGCGCACGCUUGCCGAAUUCAAGGAAUGUGUUGUGCAGGUCUGGCCUGGGCCCACCAGGCUCUCUGCCCCCGGCCCUAACGGUAUCCCGAACGAGGAUAUGGCCCGCACUUACCCCGGUCGUCCCUUCGAAUUCCCCGAUGGAUACAACCAGGUGUUCGGUGUUGACCGUUUCCGCGUUGUCGAAUCCUUGUUCGACGCGAAGGCCGCUGUGCCAGAUCCUGAGUCACCCUUCCCUCCCCCGACUCCCGCCCAGACCAUCCCAGAACUCGUUAAGGCUUCCUUGGCUGGCGUUGACGUCGACCUGCGUCCCCACCUCCUGGCAAAUGUGGUGGUGACUGGUGGGUCCAGCUUGCUCUACGGGUUCACUGAACGUCUGAACCACGAGCUGAUGCAGAUGUUCCCCGGACCCAGAGUGCGCGUCACCGCUGCCGGCAACACCUCCGAGCGGCGCUUCGGUUCCUGGAUCGGAGGAAGUAUCCUGGCCAGUCUGGGAACUUUCCACCAGAUGUGGAUCUCCAAGAAGGAGUAUGAGGAACAUGGACCCAACAUUGUGGAGAAGCGCUGCAAAUGA